CGAAUCCAGUAGGUUCAGUCGUAGACUCGCGCGCCUACCGUGAGGGUGGCUGCUUACCACGCAGUUCGCCGCUCACCUCUUUUGUGCUUCCCACCAGUUCCGUCACUCUCGUUUUUACUUAUUCUUGACCGCGAACCGUCCUUUAUCGCGUUCCAUCGUGGUCCAAAUUUUCGUUAAACUGCAAUUCAUACAUAUCGUGAUAAGUGCGUGGGUAGGUGCGUGCGUGUGUGUUCAAGGAAAUUUAAACAUAUCAGCGACAACUGACAACACGAGGUCCUCUGCGUGGUGCAAACGAGCAUAAGAUGCUGCUAUAAUCAAAGUUUUUGGUAUAGCAGAUAUGGUACAGCGAUGAGCCUGCAGGCACAGGCUCAAGCCCAACGCCCUGCGAGGUACUCCCCUCAGGAGACCGUCAAGAUCUACACGGAUUGGGCAAAUUAUUACUUGGAAAGAGGUGGUUGUAAAAGAAGAGUGACGGAUCUUCAGACUGAUCUCUGCGACGGUGUCCUCCUUGCUGACCUAGUUGAAGCAGUCACCAACCAGAAGGUGAUCGACGUUAACAGGAAGCCGAGAAACGCUCAACAAAUGGUCGAGAACGUGAGCCUUUGCGUGGGAGCGCUCCGAGCUCUCGGGGCGGACGUGGGUUCGGUGAAUCCUGGGGAAUUGGCGGCAGGAUCAACCCUCUGGCCAGUCCUUGCCCUUCUUUUUGCCCUCUCACGAUACAAGCAGAGAGCCAAGCAGCUUCAAGACAUGCCUAGAUUGCCGUCUCCGUACAAUAAGCAAUCGGCUGUCGGUGGUGCAGGUAGUGGUCCAGGGGGUGGGACGAGUAUACCCUUACCUGCCACCGUAGCUGCCACCAGAAGGUGCCCUCCGGAUAAAGUUAGACCAGCUCCGACGCCCACGCAUCAGUCACAGCUUGGUGGUUUAAAGCACGGAAACGGUGGCAUAGGAAGUGCUAGUAGUUCCAGAAGUACGAGCCCUAGCCAGCAACAACCGCCCCAAGGCGGACUCUCCUUCAUUCCUCAGCCCAGAAAUCAAAAUUCUACUAAUAGACAAACUACGGCAACUACACCGAGCCCUCGAACGUCGACGGUGGGAAAGCCAAGUGGCACGAGGGGUAGCCAACAAUCCCCGUACACCUCGACAGGACCGCCGACUCAGCAGAACAAGAACUCUGUCCUGGACAAGUUUAAGCUGUUCAACAACAAGGAGAAAAAUCAGGACCGCGGUAAAGCUUCGUCCGGUGUAUCGAAACGUACCUCAAGUUCCUCUGGUUUCUCCUCAGCAAGGUCAGAGCAUUCGGACAGUUCGACGUCGCUGUGCGACCAGAGCAGAGUGCAGGUGGAGUCGCCGAAGAACCGUGCAUUGAAGUCGAAGCUUCAGUCGACGAAACCAGGGAAGCAGGCGAGCCCGAAGACCGCGAGGAAAGAGCAGAGCAAAGGGCAAAGCAAGAUCGCGCGAACGAAAGGCGCGCCCGAGAAACAGCUGGCUUAUAAUCCGCCGUUGGAAGAUGUCAAGCCGAGCAGCAAGAUCGGUCCCGUGGCUGCGAAGUUGGCGGUGGACAAGAAGUCAUCGAAUCUCCAGGAUAUGUUGAAGCAACCGCCGUCCGGUCAAUUGCAGAAGGCAAAUCCCUCGAUGUUGGUGGCUGCUAAACAGAUCGGUGGACAGGACGCGAAGAACUUUGCCGGUGCAAAGAACGAGCCGGCGAAACAGCCGCCUAGACCGAAGAUGGAGCUACCUGGUAAGAUAGCGGACGCGAAGAUUCAGCUGCAAAGCGUGAAGGUACCGCCCAACGGGCUGAACAAGGACGUCCUACUGCAAAAGGGACUGAUGAGUAACGCUAACGGGAUGAUCAAGCAGCCUGAUCAAGAAGAAAUCCGCAACACCGAUGAAAACGAUCAUGCCUUGUCUUUGAUGAAUCAAGCGAAUUUGUCGGAGGAGAGGUCGACGAUAGACAGACAGAAAGAGAUCGUCAACGAGAAUCAUUCGAUGACUCUCGACAAUGCUGGUAGCCCCUCGAAACAGAACGCAAGUUUGCCAAUGAAACCUAAGCUUCCGAAUGAUCUGCAAGAUGUGGAUCGCACGAACAGAAAGCAAACACCUCCCUCGUCCCCUCGUCAUCAUUCAGAAACGACGAUAGACACGAAAAUGGCGACUAUUCAAGAAGGCACGACCGCUCAGACGAACAAUACCCCGUGCCACGAGCAGACCUCGAACGCCUUGAAUUUUGUACAAAACAAACAGCAGCUUCCGGUACUCGGUAGUCCGCUUCAGGGUUCUACUUUGAACGCUUCCGGCAGUCCCGGUUCCAGCAUUCCGAAGCCCACGGCCUUGGUGAAAGGCACCUCGAAACCGCCGAAGGAAAACAGCAUAGCUGGCGUGGCGACGCCUACGAAAUUGAAGGCAGACGCUUUGCAUCGCAAGCUCGACCCAAACACCGUCGCAAUGGUGUCACCGAUGCCGAGCAUUUCGGAUCUGAUGUCCGAGAGUUCGCACAGCAACUCGAACAGCACCGGGCAAAGUAACUCGAGCGAUAGCAGCGUUAUUUACAGGCCAAGCAGCGAGAGUGGCAGCGAGAUCAAGACGAUACCAAAUAGGAAAAUCGACACGACCUUCGAGCAAAUGGAGAAGCCCAUGUUACAGGUCUUAUCAGAAAGUUCAAGCUGCGGGGGAGGUUCGAUGGGGGACGACGAAGCUGAGAUGACUGUAAAACCCAUGCAACCUCUGCUCCGUGGUUACACUCCUGGGGCAAGGGCCCUUCAGACGUUGCCCAGCAGAACGACCGCUCGACAGUACACGAUCCUUCAUUCUUCUUCUCAUCAUCAUGUCGGUCACGAUUACGCGGACAUCGACGUUGCCUCCGGCUAUCUAAGCGACGGGGAGGUUCUUCGAGGUGGUAUGACCGUCGGCAGCAGAACUCUAUCCGACUUGUGCGACGGUUACAUGUCCGAGGGUGGUGCUUCCUUGUACGCUCGCAGAAUCAAUCCAUCUUACGGCCACGAUCAUGAGAGAUACGUGGGUGGCUCGAGGCGAGAGCUGUCGGGGGUGAAGGAACUGGUGACCUCGAGGAGGGUGCAGAAGAGACCGUCGGCGAACGUAGUAAGGUCGGAUGGAGGUUGCAUCGGGGGCAAUCCAGGAAGUGGCGGCGUCAUCGGUGGUGGUUUGCUAGGCGGUUGCAGCGGUGGUAGCGACGCCUUGGCGGAGUUAACCAUCGAGGACCUGGCAUCUAUUCCCGCCGGAAAUCACACCUCCGCCAAUCACACGGGCCAUUCCUCUCAUCACAAGAGAGUGCCGGGUGGUGGUGGCGUGAUUGUGGGGGGUGGCAGUAGUUCGGCCACCCCCCAAGGUGCACAACAGGGCAGCAACCUGGUGUACCGCGUGGUCAGCUCCAGGCAUCCCGGUGGUCAUCAUCCUCACGUGAAAAAGUCCGACAGUUCUCAGCAAACGGACAGUUCAGCGUUCAAGCACCAGCAACAACAACAAAGUUCGAACAGCUCAGGGAACAGUAGUUCAAAUAGCCAGCAAUGGAAAAAGUACAUCGAGGCUGGUGCUGCGAGGGAUCGGGAAAGAGACAAGGAGGGCGCACCCCCGAGUCCUAGUCCCUCCAGGCGAUCCCAGGAUAAACACCGUAAGCAGGCCAUGGCUGAAUAUGCGAACGGCGAGAAACCGCAAAAGAUAUCCUCAGGAACAUCAACCAGUGGCAGCAGCAAAGUCAGAGGUGUGCCUCAGAGUUUUGGAUACGUGAAGAGACACAGUGCCGGUACCAGUCCCAGUCCGAACGGGGUCCAAAAUGGAAAGGAUGCUACUCGGACAGCUCAAGUUAGCGCGGUUCCUAGAACUAAGGUUAAAGUAUCCGGUGGCACGCAAACGUGUACCACGGAACUGCAGGCUAAUUCAUCAGCGUCGAAUCAAGGACAUCAUUACAAGAGUUACAGUCUCACAGGACCAAGUGCCAGUCAGCUUUCUCAGUCGGUACGGGAUCGGCUUAUGCUCGGUUCGCAGAGUUUGCCGAAACCUGGUAGCCCAGAAUUCACGGCACUGUUCGCGUCCGCCCAUCAUCGCGAAAGAGGAUCCGGCGGAGGACCAAGUGGCACUUCCUUUUCGCCACGAGUACUCAAACCUUCGGACGGAAGUCUCAGCGAUACGUGCAGCAAUUACGCGGCACCUGAUCUUCAAGGUUACUACACGCCUAACAGUCCGUACACCACGUCCUGGAUGAGACACAGCAAUACUUAUACACCGAGUGGACGCUCUCAAGGAAUGGGUUUGUGCGAAGCUGACAGCGUAGAAUCCUUGGGAUCCCAUCGAGCAAGUUUGACCCAUGCUCGAUUGUUAAUGCACCAAAGGGAUUCGACAGGAUCUCCAGCUCCACCUAGGCUCAACCGAAGCAACUCGAUCAGCCAUCUGCGGGACAGGACAUUCCCAAGAUCCACGAAAAGCGAAAAAAUGUAUCCGUCGAUGUUAGCUAGAGGAAGCGGAGCUUCGUCUUCUGUCGGUGAAGAAGUUGGGGUCGGAAUUGGAAUGGGAGUCGGUGUUGAACCUUAUUACAGUGUUCCUGUUGGAUCUACCGGGUGUACUGGACAACACUGGUCUCAACCGACGUCUCCUACUCCCACGCAUACUUCACGACAACCACCUAAUCUUUAUCAACACGUGCACAAGGACGAUGAUAUCCAUGGUUCUUCGGUGUCUUUGGUAUCGACAGCGAGCAGUCUGUACAGUUCAGCCGAGGAGAAACAGGCGCACGAGUUGAGAAAAUUGCGACGAGAAUUACUGGACGCUCAAGAAAAGGUCCACUCGUUGACCAGCCAGCUAUCGACAAACGCGCAUGUGGUAUCUGCUUUCGAGCAAUCACUGUCCAACAUGACACAACGUCUGCAACAGCUCACCGCAACAGCCGAAAAGAAAGACUCCGAGCUUCAGGAGCUGAGGGAAACGAUCGAAAGGCUUCGAAAGCAGAGCGCCGAAGCCGGCCUGAACAAUGGACCGUCCGCGAACAACGGUCGCCGUCACACUCUCGGCGAUUCUGAUUCCGGAACGACUGGCUGUACCGGGAACAGUAAUCACCAGGGUGCUUCGAUGGCGAGACAGCUGUCCGCGGAUAGUGUCACAUCACUGAACUCGUUGAGCAGUGCUUGUUCGGCGAGCAGCCAUCAGAAGAAAAAGGGCUGGCUUCGUAGCUCUUUCUCGAAGGCUUUCUCAAGGUCGCGAAAAAACCGGCACGGCUCAGUGUCCGACGCUGAAGAUUGCAAAGAAACCACCGGCGGAGAGCUUAGCGCCCCUAACAGCCCGAGGCUACCGACUGCCGCCAAGCAUGAUUCGUCCAGGGGUCAAAGUGCCAGAAGCAAUGGACAAAAAUCACCGGAAGUUGAGAAUCCAUUGACUGGAAGCAAGAGUAGCUCUGCGUUGUAUAAGAAAGAGGACGAAGACGUGGUUGAAUUGAAGAAACAACUCAGGGAAAAGGAUCUCGUGUUAACAGAUAUCAGGCUCGAAGCUCUGUCGUCGGCGCACCAGUUGGAAUCCUUAAAGGACACCGUUAUUAAGAUGAGGAACGAGAUGCUGAAUUUGAAACAAAACAACGAGCGUUUGCAAAGAUUAGUGACAUCAAAAUCCUUAACAUCCUCCCAGUCGUCGUUGCCUAGUGAUCCGGACAGGCGAUUCAGCAUGACGGAAGUGGCUUCCACCGUGGCUGCGCUUUCGAACGGUGACACCGGUACAACCGCGGACCAGUUGGAAGACUUGAACGUACCGGAGCAUACAGUGGUAGCGAGCAACACCUCCACCGUGGGAGAGCCAACCUUGGAGCAGGACACGGACGGGAAAAGGAUCAACGUGGCUAUUUAUCUAGGCAGCGAGAAGAAUUUCAAUUACAAUCUUGUGACUGGAAGUACCUCGGAUGGUAGCAUGGGUGAACCUCCUCACUGUGUCAUUGCGAACGUCUGCAUCAGCAAUAAAACGACAUGGGACUCUCUUGAUUCCACUGUACGACGUUGCUUCAAGGAAUACGUUUCCAGAGUCGAUCCUGUGACGAAUUUGGGUCUAGGCGUUGAAUGCGUUGCCGCUUAUCAUCUUGGAGAAGCGUCCAAAUGCACGACGGACUCUCAGCAUCCAGAAUUACUUCCUUGCGGCUAUCUGAUUGGCCACGUGAAAACCAUUUAUUUGGUGCUUUCCGGUUACUCUUGGCUCGCCGUGGACACUCUAAUACCGCGGUCCAUUGUGCAGCGAUUGAUAUCUCUGCUCACCGAGCAUCGUCGGGUUAUUCUAUGCGGGCCGAGUGGUACCGGUAAGAGCUAUCUGGCCGGAAAAUUGGCUCAUGCCUUGGUAGAUGCUGACAACGAUACGAAGGAUGCUACCGCGGUGGCUACGUUCAACGUUGAUCACAAAUCCAGCAAGGAAUUGAGACAGUAUCUCGCUCACAUCGCGGAGAGAUGCGACUCGAACGCAGCCGAUGAACUACCGAGGGUGAUCAUUCUUGAGAAUCUGCAACAUGCCGCGUCCUUGGGAGAAUUGUUCAGCGGUCUUCUGGGUACCAGACACUCGUCUUGUCCAGCCAUCAUCGGAACCAUGAGCCAGGCCACAUGUAGCACGACAAAUCUUCAGUUACAUCAUAACUUUAGGUGGGUGCUGUGCGCCAAUCACAUGGAACCAGUGAAAGGAUUCUUGGGCCGUUAUCUUAGACGAAAAUUAUUGGAACACGAGUUACGGGAGUGCGGUGGUGCCAGGAAUGCAGAAAUGGCGGCGGUCGUCGAAUGGUUACCACGGGUCUGGCUACAUCUCAACAAGUUCCUAGAAACUCACAGCAGCUCCGACGUGACUAUAGGUCCACGUCUAUUUCUGUCCUGUCCGAUGGAAGUAACGGGUUCUCAAGUAUGGUUCACGGACCUUUGGAACUACUCGGUAAUACCAUAUCUGGUGGAAGCUGUCAGAGAAGGAUUAACACUUUACGGCAGACGUGUGAGUGGAAAUGGAAACGGUGAUUCCUCUUGGGAAGAUCCAGCGCAAUUUAUCACUUCGAGCUAUCCAUGGAUUUCUACGCACGCGGUUCAUGGAGGCAGCGAUGCUCUUCUUCGUUUACGACCCGAAGACGUUGGCUAUGACGUCGUUACUUCGGGACAUCCUUCCGGGGUCGGCGCGUCCAGUGUUAAAAGCCUUGGCAGUACGCACAGCGAUACCGAAGGAGAUCCGCUGCUAAACAUGUUGAUGAGGUUACAGGAAGCAGCCAAUUAUUCGAGUCCUCACAGUAACGACAGUGACUCGGUUACCUCCCUCGACUCGUCGCACACUCGACACUCUGAAGAUUUAAGUACAUCAACAUCUUCGUCAAGGGGCGUAGAAUCAGCGCUUUAAUUUACUGCCAGCGAUGAAAAGAAAGCAGUACUUUAGAAAGACGAUCAUGUGCAUCGGGCCAGUUUGUAACAAGCAGUUUCAAAUACAAUUUAUACUAUUCAAGGCGUAAAAAGGGAGUAUAAAAACGUGACAAAAAAAAAAAAGAAGAAAUAAAAAGAAUCAAAAAUAAAUUUUGGAUAUCUUUAGGAUACAGAUCUUUCCUUUUUUUAACUUUUUACAAUAAAGUAUGUCAAACGGGCGGCGAAUGAUUAAACGAGAACCGUGAUGUUUUCAACGGUACGUGAUAUUACCGAUGCUCUUUAUAAAAUACGUCCUUCCAUUUGCUCUAACGUAAGGCGGAGUGAUGUGCAUUAUAAAAUGAAAAUGAUAAAUGUCAAAAAGAAUUUUUUCAAUGCCUACAACUGGCCUAUAUUUAUUCUAGAUUUUUUAUGUGCGUGAAGCACCUCGGUGUGAUAUGUAAUUAAAAGAAACUUAAUUAAGUCGAAAGCAGAUUACUUCGAUGUUUUUCGAACAAUGUACCGUCUUCCGUUGACAAGAAGUCCCAUGGAAAUAGCGCGAUCUGAUUGGUCGCGCACCGUCUCGGCUCACACGUGACUUUGAUAGUAACGUAUUAUUGGUCGAUGCGAUCACGUGUACAGGGCCGACCGGCGCAUGCGCGGCACACCUGUCUGCCGUCCCGCAAGAUUUCUUGUGAUCGGAGGAUAGUACGUACGUAAACGCGUGCAUCAACUGGUGCACGCGAUGCAAUAAUUCACGCUGCCGUUAUGGAAGUAUGAGUCUAUUUUAAACAGAUACAUUUCUACGAUCAAAUUGUAGCUUGACAGCGAUACUUCACUCGAGAUAUUUGGAUGGAAUAUACAGUAUUAUCGUGUAAGAGUCGUGUAAAACGAGAAAAGGGCUUCGAACUGAGCCAUGAUUUUAGGGAUCGAGAAAUCGUCAUUCCUCUCGUCCACUAUCUUCAGGUAAUAGAGCUAAUCGUUAGACAGAUCUCAUGGACGUAACACGCUCAAAUAAAGUGUAAUUUGUCUCGCCUUUAGGAACGCAGCGCAGUUCGAAGUAAAUACUGAUGGUGAAUGUGCGUGCAAAAGAAAAUAGUCUAUUUAUACAUACUUUGCUACGAAAACUCUAUUUAAUUAAAGAAUGUUAAUAUAAUAAUAAUACACACACACACACACAUACAUACACAACUUAACAAUGACGGCGCUAAAUGUAUGUUACGGAUAAAGUUUAUAAUUAAAUAAGAUACGUGAGUAAUUCUGGUCAUGUAACAUUGUAAAUAGGAGACAUGAGUGGGACGUACUAUGGCGCACUAGAUGCGAAUCGUUUUACAAACCCAAUUGCUAGCCGACGAGUUCUUUUUUUUUUGAUAAUGAUGUUGUAAAGUGUAAAAAAAAAAAACAGGAUGGAAGGCAAAGGAAUUGAUCCCUUACGUGCAACAUGUCAAAACGACAGGAGAGACAGGCUAUGCAGACUAUACAUAUUGUACAUGUUCAACAGGUUUUUGUAAAACCGAUCUUUCAAUUUCGAUCGGUGGUACGUGGUGAAUAAGAAGAUGUGCAUGUAACGUAAUAAUGAUUAUACAAUUGCAUUUACAGGUUUUUUACGUUUGUAACGUAUUUAUACGCUGUACGACGCUGCACUCGACCUUUAUUCAAAUAAUAAUUAUUGUGUCAUCAAAUAAAUCACACUAAAACUUUA